CGAAGAGGACAUCGAGAUGCUGUCGAGAGUAAUUAGUUUUGAUGAGGUUGUUAAAACAUCAAUCGAAACAUUCCGCAACACGUUCGGCACCGACCCGGACCUCGCCACCUGCGCCCCCGGCCGGGUCAACCUAAUUGGCGACCAUGUCGACUACAACGAUGGUUUCGUUCUGCCGAUGGCACUCCAGUUCGGAACGGUGAUCGUCGGAAAGCGCAACGGCAGCGAGUCGACCUGCGACGUGGUCACCUGCUCCGAGGGCAUCCAGGAGGGCUCGAAGCGGGGCCAGUUCGACAGCGGUUCCAUCGGCAAAGGAUCACCCAAAUGGCUCAAUUACGUCAAGGGUGUGAUGUUCCACUUCCGGCGGCCAGUUCCGGGCUUUAAUGCGGUCAUCCACACGAACGUGCCCAUCGGUAGCGGACUGUCGAGCUCGGCCGCCCUCGAGGUGGCCACGUUGACCUUCCUCGAGCAACUCACCGGACACCGAGCCGGCAGUGCGGCAGAAGGUGCACAAUUGUGCCAACGAGCGGAACACACGUUCGCCAACAUGCCCUGUGGCAUUAUGGAUCAAUUGAUCGCGAUCGGAGGCCGAGCUGAUCACGCAUUGCUCAUUGAUUGUCGAAACCUCGCCACCGAACCCAUUCCGUUCGAGGCUCCCCAUCUAGCGGUGUUGAUCUGCAACUCGGGUGUCAAGCACGAGCUGUCCUCGAGCGAGUAUCCGGUGAGGAGGAAGCAGUGCCAACAGGCCCUCGAGCUGAUGGGUCUGGACAGCUACCGGGAUGCCUCGCUUGACCAUCUGAAGGCGCUCCAGAACGCCAGCGAGCUGUUGGUGCGUCGGGCCCGGCACGUCAUCACGGAGAUCCAGCGUACGACGGAAGCGGCCGCGGCACUGAAGGCUAACGAUUUUGCAAAGAUGGGCGCCCUGAUGAACGAAUCGCACCGAUCGCUCAGCGAAGACUUCGAGGUGUCCUGCCACGAGGUGGACCUGUUGGUGGAGGCGACGCUCCAGGCGCCCGGUGUGAUCGGUUCUCGCAUGACGGGUGGUGGCUUCGGCGGAUGCACCGUCACCCUGAUCGAACGUCAAGCCCUCGCCGACGCCGUGAAGCACGUGGACACGAUCUACUCGCGCAAAACGGGCGGAAAAUUUCGGGCCAAGUUCUACCUUGCGCAACCAGGCAAUGGCGCUCACAAGCUCGAUCUGAGUAAAUACCUCGGGUGAGAAGGGCCUGCUCUUGAACGGAGACAACAUUCCAGCUUUUGCUAUACAACUAUUCAAACAACUAUGAAGUAGGAACAAAUAAAACCGUGCACUUUGAACGGACUUUCUCUGGUACACUUACCUUUCAAAUUUCAACGUGUUAAUAGAUUUGGCAAAAGAAACAUACUGAACACAUUGAUUGCGUUUUGGUUGGGUUUCUUUCCGAUUUUAUUGGUUUUUUUUACAAAAGAAAAAUUUUACCAUUUACUUCCACUCUGCUACUCCAGUUCUCGAGGACCGGCUGCUUACCUCCUCGGUUUCCUUAAUUCAUCAUCUUUUUUCCAAUUAACAACACGUUCAGCACAGUUCUUGAAACAUUAUCCUCCUAUCUCGGAAAUUGAUGGACAAUUUUGAGCCUGCAA